CACAACAAUGGCGGACGAGUGUGUACAAAUACUCCAAAAUGCCAACUUUGAGUUUAAAAAACUGAAUUUCAAAAGGGCCGAAGAACUUUACAACAGGUUCAUUUCGUCUUGUGAACAUUUCAGGGAACGUGAAGCCUCUUGUUUGGCGACAGCUUACAACAACCGCGGACAAAUAAAGUAUAUUCGGGUGGAUUUUAACGAAGCCGUCGAGGAUUACACCUCGGCGAUACAGGCUGAUGACAAGUUUGAAGUAGCGUUCUACAACAGAGGACUAAUAAAUUAUAGACUGGGUUUCUUUGACGACGCCGUUAGGGAUUUCCGACAAGCUUUAAAGCUCAACGAAACCUUUGAGGAUGCCAAAGUCGGCCUUCGACGGACUCUGCUGGACCAACAGGACAAGACAAACAGAGAAUAUUGACAAAUGUGAUCAUUUGUGUCCAACCUGUGUUGUUUAUGUACAUACAUGCACACUUAACUCAUCAAAAUGAUAUUAAAUAAAGUUUUUAUG